AUAACCUAUCUAUAAAAUACAUGCAUCACGGCUGUGAUGUGCAAAAAUAAGUACAUUCUAUUUAGCAUUUAUAAUUUGCUAAUGCUUAAAAAGUAACGAAAUAAAUUUUUAAGAAGUGAACUUAAUAAUAAAACUGUAAUUGUGCAGUACAAAAUGCCUGCUGACGUACUUGGAUAUAUAUAUGCUGCUACAGUAGCGGCUGGUGGUAUACUUGGUUAUGUGAAAGCACAAUCAAUUCCUUCUCUGGGUGCUGGACUUAUUUUCGGAUCUGUUUUGGGUUAUGGAGCUUAUCAAACUUCUCAAGAUCCCACAAAUAUUGGACUAUCUAUAGCAGCAACUUCAGUUCUUGGUGGAAUUAUGGGUUACCGAUAUUACAAUACUGGUAAAUUAAUGCCAGCUGGAAUAAUUGCUAUAUUCAGCUGUGUAGUAUUAGUAAAAACUGUUGUCAGGUCAUUUACUGGCGCAGCUCUUGUAACUGAGACAUUAAACAAAGACAGUAAGUUGACAUGAAUAUAAAUUUUUAAAAUUUUAAUUUCAUUGGUUGAACUAUUUCAUAUAUGCACACGUAAUAUAAGUAGUUUAACAAGAGGUGGGAUUAAAUCUGUAUAAAAGAAGAAUGUAGAGAAGACACUGGCUGUGGUGAACUGAAAUAGUUAACCUUUUUUUUAUUACACAAAUGCUUUCCUACAGGAUAAAAAUAUAACAUUUAUAUUUGUUACAUUGACACAUGUAACUUGAAUAUGUUCAAUAAAGCUAUUUUAAGUGUUAUUUGAGUUUAUAAAGAUAAUGUUAUAUAAAGGAUUAAGAUAAUUAUGAAAA